AUAAGUGUCAUGUCAUAAGGGUAUAACUUAAUAGAGUACAAGGCUCCGACUAUAAAUCGGUAUAACCUAUACGUCACCAAGUUUCUCUCGAAUUUAUUUGUAGCUACUCAUCUUGCCUUAUAAGGAAAAUCUUGUUUAAACGGUGAACGCUUCAUUUUCGACUAACGAGGUAAAUCAUUUAAGUUAAAACAAUGUCUGAUCCUCGUAUAAGAACUCUAAAAAUUAAAACUGGAAUAGUGAAACGUCUCGCGAAAGAAAAAGUCACAUACGAAAAAGAAGCAGCACAGCAACGUGAAAGGAUACAAAAAUUAAAGGAACAGGACAAAGAUGGUUAUGAUAUAAGGAAACAAGAAGAAGUUCUUCAAGAAUCCCUAAUGAUGGUACCAGAUUGUCAACGACGUCUUGUUAAAGCAUUCGAAGAGCUUAAAAAAAUCUUAGAGACAGAACAAGAUUUGAAAGAAAUCGAAGAUUACAUCGAAGCUGAGAAAAUCUUACAAGAGGCAGAAGCUCAACUUCCUAAGGAGGGAGGGAUUAUGGAAAUGUGUUAGAAAGUAAAGUGUACUAAUUAUAUUAAAAAACUGCCAAAAGUUAUGAA